UUGAGUUACGUAGUAUGAGUUUGCCGGCAAGCCGCCAUUAAAAUUAUCAAAGUCACAACAUAUCGAUAUAAAAGAAUCGUGUACUCAUUCAUUUCUUCGUGCAAGAUACAUUGAUAAUUAGUAAUUUAUUGUUAUGCUUUCGCAUAUCACAUUACAAGCAUACUUCAUAAAUAUUAUCUCAUUGUGAAGAAAAAAAAGUGCUAUUUUAACUUUCAAAUUAUAAAUUUAAACGAAGAAUUAAUUUUUUUAAAUACUUGUAUCAAUAUUAUUUGAUGCAAUGGAAAGGUGUUAUUUUAUGGGUAAUAACCAAAAAACCAUUUUUGAAUGGAAAAUAGGCGACUUUCCUUUACUUAUGAAAUAUUCGAUGUACAAAGAAGACGCCCAUACGAUCACAUCACCGGACUUUCCAACUGAUGGGAAAUCCAAGUGGGAAUUACAAUUAAAGUUAAAUAAUAAUAAAGAGUCGGCUCUCAAAGAAUGGAUAUCAAUAUCCCUAAACUCAAGAUCCACUGGUGAUACCCACUUAUUCAAAAUAAAAUAUUCGCUAUCUAUUUUAGAUGAUAAAAAAGAAAAAAAGUUUAAACAAAAGUCAUUUCAGGUUAUCAGAAAAAUGGAUACACUUAAUAUUCUAAAAUUUCUUGAAGUAAAACAAUUAUUCGAAAUGAAGGAUAAAUUAUUACCUGAUAAUGAAUUAACAAUAUGCAUUAAGAUUACCGAGUUUACUGAACCUACUCAUGUUGACUCACCCAUAAUUAAAAUUCCUUUAAAAACUUCGGAUCAUAAAAUUGUCCACGAUUUAAAAGAUCUUUUUGAUAGUAGAGCAGGAAGUGAUGUUGUUCUAGUUGUGGGUGAUAAGAAAAUUCCAGCUCACAAAACUUUGCUGAUGAGUCGAAGCCCUGUGUUUUCUGCGAUGUUUACACAUCAGCUGAAAGAAAACAAAGAAAAUGAAGUUACCAUUCCUGAUAUGGAUCCUGAUGUAUGUGAGAAGCUGUUAGAAUUUAUUUAUACGGACAAUGUGACUAAACUUGAUGGAGUUUCUGAACGUUUAUACGAAGUAGCAGAUAAAUAUCAGAUACCAACUCUUAAAGAGUCGUGUGAGGAAUCUCUCUGUAAAAACGUGAAUGUCGAAAAUGCCGUUCAAUAUCUCGUUUUACUUGACCGUCACCAUACUGAUGAACGAUUUUUUAAGUAUAUCGUUGAUUUCAUGGCAAUAAAUUCAAAAAAAAUUUCCAAAACCUCCAAAUAAACAGCCUUAAAAAACUAAUACAGAAUAACUAUUAACUGUUAGUAACAAAAAUUUGCAGUAUUAAAUAAAAAAACAGAUCAACAUCUUGGUAAUUCAAUACUGUGACAUAAACUGGAUAUUUUUAAAUUUAUUACUAUCAGUUACAAUCCAUAAUUUUGACCUUAAUUUAAAUCUUAUUUUUACUUUUUUUUAAUUAUCCUCAUUUUAUAAUAACAUUUACGAUAAUUAUAUCAAUUAUUCCAAUAUAAUCAUUAAUAUCUGCUAGUUCAUGUUCAUA